GUAUAUAUUUGCAGUAAGUAACAACUGCACCCACCCACCAACUCUACAUAUAUAUAUCAAAUUCCGUCCGGCUUCCUCUCCCUCUCCCUCUCCCUCUCUCGCUCACGCUUACAGCUGCUUAAUCCAGAAGGUAAAAUAAUUAAAAGCAGUACGUAAUGGAAGGCGGCAUAGAAACACAAGGGGUGAUGAGGAAGAAACAAGGAAUGAUCCGCGGCCCAAACGCCGCCGCCGCAGCAGGUGUUGCUCAUGUGGCUUUGCACAAGAAGUCGUCGUCGCACGCCGGCAUAUCCAAAGGUGCAGCUGCAGCUGCAGCGAAGCCCAAAAUUCGCAUCAUUCACAUAUUCGCGCCGGAGAUCAUAAAGACGGAUGCAGCGAAUUUCAGGGAGCUGGUGCAGCGGCUGACUGGGAAGCCAUCCGCCACCGAUGCCGACGACGACCGGAGGAGGAAGCUGAGGAGGAGGACGAGGAGGAGGGAGAGGGAGAGGGAGAGGGGGAGCUGGAUCAUAAAAGGUGAAGACGACGAAUCAGAAGAGAUCUGGAGUAGCGGUGGCAGUGCCAGCGCGACUAAUUGGGGGGGAGGCGCCGGGGGUUUCCUGGAAGAGUUUGAAUAUUCUUACUGCGGGGAGGGAGACAAGGGAGGAUUGUUCAUGCACCACAACCAGCACGAUGAUCAGCUGCUGCUGCUGCACAACAACAACAACAACAACAUCAUGAACAACUACAAUCAAUACUACUUCCCAUAUCAUGUGCUAGAUCUGCAGGAACCCACAAUUACGAAUUGUAGUACUGCACCAUCACCAUCUGCAUCUGCGUCCGCAUUUGUGCAUCCUCUUCCUCUUCCUCUUCCUCUUCACAUGGACAGGGCGGCCGGACUGGAUGAUGCCUGCCCACACCUUGCUUAAUUAAUUUAUUUAUUAUUUAAUUUAUUGCCUAAUUCUUCCUCAAUUCUAA